UUCACUUGUGCCUCGCCUCAUUGCUCCCUUUCUAUCUCUGAUCUGUCUAAAUCGCUCACCGUCAGAACAGCUGGUAGGGCCAGCCGUCGCCGGUGGCGGAGGAAGAGACGAUGAGGGACGUGAGUGAGGUGGUGGAUGGGUUGAAACCAACCAUACUAAUGGUGGUGGUUCAGAUACUGUACGUUGGGAUUAACAUUCUUUACAAACUCGUCGUGUACGAUGGCAUGAACUUGCGAAUUGUCAUAGCUUAUCGUUUUGUCUUCGCCACAGCUUUCAUGGCUCCUCUUGCUUUCAUUUUCGAAAGGAAGAAGAGGACAAAGAUGACUUGGACAAUACUGUUUCAGGGGCUUAUAUCUGGCUUAUUUGGGGGAACAUUGGCACAGACGUUAUAUUUGGCGACGUUGGCCUUAACAACAGCAACGUUUGCAUCGGCAAUGAACAAUCUCACUCCAGCCAUUACCUUUGUCAUGGCCCUCUUCUUCGGCUUAGAAAAGUUCAACUGGAGAGCAGCAGCAGGGAAAGCUAAGAUGAUUGGAACCCUUAUAGGAAUUGCUGGGGCCAUGCUUCUAACAUUCUACAAAGGAGCACGAAUCCCCACUCCCUCCUUCCACGUCAUCCCUUUACACCCCCACAGUAGCCACGUGGCAUCUUCCCACAUUUCCUCCAGCGGUAACACCCUCUUGGGUGCACUCUGUGCCUUGGGCGGUAUCUGCUCGUUUUCUUUGUGGCUCAUGGUUCAGAGCAAGAUGAGUGAGAAAUAUCCAUGUCAUUACUCAAGCACGACAUUGAUGAGUUUGUCAGCUUCAGUGUUUUCUACUGCCUUUGCUCUGUGCACUGAAAGAGAUUGGGCUCAAUGGAAAUUAGGUUGGAAUAUAAGGCUCUUAACUGUGGCUUAUGCGGGACUGGUGCCAGCAGGAGUGAAUGUGGUGAUGAUAGCAUGGUGUGUACACAAAAGAGGGCCUUUGUUCGUAUCAGUGUUCAGUCCUCUCUUGCUUUUGUUUUUGGUUUUUGUUGGAUCUUUCUUUAUGGACGAGAUGCUUCAUCUUGGAAGUAUAAUUGGAGGUGUGCUGAUAGUGUGUGGACUGUACAUAGUUUUAUGGGGCAAAGCCAAAGAGACGAAGAAGAUGAAUCUCUCAGUACCAUCACAGACCCUCCACGUGUCAUCAACCCCUUCACUUGAAAUCAUCGUCAAAUCUUCUACCCAUGGCCACAAGAGCAGCUACAAUUUUAAUAAUAUUAAUAUUAGUACUUCAAGCCAAGAAUAUUCACCAGAAAAUGGAAAUCAAGCACUACGAAAUGGGAAAAAUCACGUCACAUCACUAUAAAAAAAUUGACUUUCAGCGGCGAUAAAUAUUUAGAAUGAAUGGCCAACAACUGAAGCACUAUUGGGGCGGUGAAGUGGAUUAUCAAAUAUCCACCAUCCAAUUAUCUAAUGCAAUUUAAGAAAGUGAAGAAUCAGGCUAAAAGACUAAAUCAAGCGCUCUUGAGAGGCAACUCAAGUUCUUAAACUUGCUUUUUGUGUUUAGUUUGGGAUUAUUUUGAACCUUUGUAUAGAUUAAGGCUUGAAUAUUUUCUUUUUUUGGUAGUUAAUGAUAUAUAUAUAUAUAUAUAUAGAUGUGUUUAUUUUAUCCUUUAUUUAAUGCUUCUAAGUGCUUGAUCAUCA